AUAAAAUAUCAGUGUGAAUUAAACAAAAUUUUCAAUUUUUGAGUUGUCCCUGUAAGUAUAUAUAUAUAGUUUGUUCUGGGUCAAAUGUUGCCUCUCUUGAAUUGGGUUGUUGUGAUUUUGGAGAAAAAUCCCACGAAAUUAGCUAGUGUUUUGGCCAAAUUUGGAAGUGAAGUUACUGUUCAUGGUAGUGUUCAUGGUACUGUUCAUGAGCACUGUUCACACACGAGGGUCAACAAUUAAUGGGGAUUUAAAUGUUUAGUUUGUAAUAUAAGAACAAAUUUGGAGAUGUCCGGUCAUGUGGAGAUUGAUAGAAAUAGCACUAUGAUUAGGGGUAGUGCUAAAGAUGAUUUUACUAUGAAUUUGUGAUAGUGCGGUAUUAACUUUGGAAUAUUGUGAUUAGGUUUUGAUCAUUUUGUCACCGUAGCACUUGGGUUAAGCCUUCUGUUCUGUGCGAGUGAGGAAGCGAAACCGAGGACGGGGAAACUGAGGGGAGUGACGAGGUAGAAGGCUAGCCAUUCUAAUUGGAUAUAAGAUUUAGAGUUUAUCAUCCUUUUGUAAGGUAGAUUUUAUUCUUGAGAUUUUGUGAUUUGAAUGAGUUCCGAGCCUUGUGCACUUGUGGGACCCGUCUCCCGAGUGCACGGCGUCUGCCACAUCCCCGGAUUUGAGUUUUGAGGCAUGACAAUAAUAUUCUAUUAGUUCUAUUAAUUGACUGUAAAUUUUACUAACUGACUGUUAAUUUUGUUA